AUGGCUGGUACGGGGAGACAGGGUGAAGUAGCUGGGAGACAGGUCACUGUGGUCGACACACCAGGCUGGUGGGUGUCAUAUUCUGUGAAGAACACUGCAGAGCUGGAUACACAAGAGAUUGUGCGCAGUGUGUCUCUGUGUCCCCCGGGACCCUGCGCUCUCUUCCUGGUCAUUGAUGUGAGCUCAGCGUUCGGAGAGGAACACAGGAGAUCAGCGGUGGAACACCUGGAGCUUCUCAGUGAGAGAGUCUGGAGACACACUAUAGUGCUGUUCACCUGGGGAGACUGGCUGGGAGACACAACCAUUGAGCAGCGCAUUGAGACUGAAGGGAGGGCCCUCCAAGAGCUCAUAGAGAAAUGUGGGAACAGGUAUCAUGUUCUCAACAAGAAGAACAAGGCUGAUGGGACUCAGGUCACAGAGCUGCUAAAGGAGAUAGAGGAGAUGAUAGCCAAGAACAGGACUGUUUCAUUCUCCAUAGAGGAGAGAGACAAUGAUGGCAAAUUCACAGGAAAGAUGAUGGUUCAACAGAAGAGCUUUGAGGAGGAAUGGAGCAGAAGAGAGGAGGAGCUGAUAGAGAGGAUGUCAAAGAUUGUGGUUGACUCAAAGAAAGAGGGAUCCUCUCUGCCAUUCAAGAGGAGACGCAGCUUGGAUAUUCUUCAACCUUCUUUGAGCGGAGGGACUCCAGCCCCCUCUGAAGCAGGCAGCUCUGUGUGGGAUUUCCAAUCUGCUCAUGAGGUUUCCAGUAAGAAGGUGUCACGGUGGCUGAAAAGGACUAAACCAGAGAGUUCUGCAUCAUCUGGAUACGGAACACAGAGUCCUGUAGUGAGUGAAGCAGAGGAGCCUGACAGGGUGACUCUGGAAGAGGACAGUGAGAUCUUUGAGGAGGAAUGGAGCAGAAGGGAGGAGGAGCUGAUCGAGAGAAUGUCAAAGAUUGUGGUUGACUCAAAGAAAGAGGGAUCCUCUCUGCCAUUCAAGAGGAGAAGCAGCUUCAAUUAUUUUCCACCUUCUUUGAGUGGAGGGACUCCAGCCCCCUCUGAAGCAGGCAGCUCUGUGUGGGAUUACCAAUCUGCUCAGAAACUUUCCAGUAAGAAGGUGUCACUGUGGGUGAAUACGAGUAAACCAGAGAGUUCAGCAUCAUCUGGAUACGGAACACGGAGUUCUGUAGUGAGUGAAGCAGAGGAGCCUGGCAGGGUGAUGCUGGAAGACAACAGUGUGGAUGACACUGAGUGCUAAAGACUCUAUGCUUCCCCCAUGUGGUAAAUUUUGUAUUGUAUUUGUAGCAAACAUUUUGAGGGUAUAUCCUACACCUGGCCUGGGGAAAACAUGACUUCACAAUGGCAGUCCUUUUAAAUCACACCACAUGUGUUGAAUGGUUUAACAUAGGAUGAUGGAGGUCUGAGUCUCAGGUUUGUUGGUUUGUGUCUGAUGUUUGCGCAGGCGCUCGUGAAUGCAGUGGAGGCGCAGCGUCUCUGCUAUUAAUGCCUGGGGGAAACCGUGUUCACAGGAACACAAACCCUGUCAUGACAUUCCUGGUCAAAACUGCCCUCUGGUGGAUGAAAAGCAUCCCUGCUCUAUUCCCUGAUACUAAUGUUACCUAACUGAGCUUUAUAGUGACUGAAAUAAUCCACAUAUGAAAUAUGCAAAAGACUGCUUAAUGUGACAGGAUCUUUCUUUAUAGAUGCAGCUUUGACAGCUUUUUGAUAAAGUAUAUUUGAUAAAGGGUUAAAACAUUGUACUCUGCCAAUUUCAUCUUGAAAUGUACUGAUUUGUUGAUAAACUGCACUUUUUGAUUUAUUUGUUUUAAAUAAAACAAUUUCUUGCAGUA